AUGGUCCGCACCUCACGUCGGAGACUCUUGAUCACAUCACUGGAGAAGUCGAUUAAAGACGACCUCACAUUAAUGGCCCUCAAUUAUCUGUUUGGCGGUGAUGAAAACGAUACAUCCGGUUCGGAUAUGGAUACCGAUUACGAGGAUGAUAAAUGGGAAGAUGAAGAGAUGAUCUACACAGACCUGGAAUGUAAGGCUCGAGCCCUGCUCAAAAUCCAAGGCGAUCGAUAUCUAGCGCCUCGGGGACGGAUAGAGAAAGCCCCUGAGAUGCAUCAAUUUAUCUUACACAGGAUGCAAGAAAUUUUCCAUAACAACUCAAAUCAUCCUCAGCGGCCUGUAAUCGAACAAAUGAUGGUGGCUCUUAACCGACUCGGAUGCUUUGGGAAUGGGGUUGCAGUAGGGAUGAUUGCGACAUGUUAUCGAAUUGGCCAUGGCACCGUCGAGGUAUACACGAAUCGUUGCAUCAUGGCUAUAUUAUCGCUCAAAACCACGCUGCUCGAAUGGCCUACCGCCGCCGCCCGACAAGAGACCAAGGCGCAUUAUGGAGAAGUAGGGUUUAAAGGGUGUGUUGGACUGAUUGACGGUAGUCUGGUUGUAUUAUCGACCUGCCCCGAGAAGGACGGCCAGGAUUACUAUAGUCGGAAGGGGUUUUAUUGCAUUGCCACCCUACUGGUUUGCGACCAACACAAAAAUAUCACCUAUGUGUUCACGGGUUGGCCUGGCUGUUCUCACGAUAUGCGACUUAUGACGAACUGUGCGCUAUCCAAAUCCCCAAACCAAUACUUCUCAGACGGAGAAUACCUUUUGGCCGACUCGGCCUUUGUACCCACUCUCACAACAGUGCCGGCUUACAAGCGGAAGAGAAACAAGCAGCUAACAGAUGAGCAAACGGAUUUCAACCGUCACCUUUCUGGUGUUCGGGUAGCCAUAGAGAACUGCAUUGGGUUAUUGAAAAAUUGA